AUGACGCAAUCAUCAAAAUUUUUAAUACUUGUUCUCUAUGAAAUCCUUAUUACAUUGACACCUACCCUUGCUGAUAUGUCAUCUGACAUUAUCAAUAAUGACACAAAUGAUACGAAAUCGACAUAUAUUACCUCUAACAGCGGUGACAUUGCCACUUCUGUUCGACUUGAUAGUCCAGAAAACAUUAAUGAUUUUAAACUUUUUUAUGCUGAUGAAAAUAAUUUGGAUGCCAAUGAGGUUAGAAUUAGAAAUAAUAAUAAUACCGGCAGUGAAAUGGCAAGAAAAAGAAGUAAUCUUGAAAAGCGUGUAUCCAAUAAAAUAAUAAGCUACGUUCUUGUAUUUAUUUUGCAGUGGACUCCGGUGCAAAUUUUUUGUGCCGCUAAAUUUUUUCAAAUUGACUCAGCAUGGAUAUACGUUGUCUGUGUUAUAGGUGUUCACUUUGGUGGAUUGGGUAACGCUAUCCAAUAUAUAGUGAACGAGGGUUGGCAUCCUCGUAAUAUCGAUUCCAACGUGAGUUGGUCCUUUGCAGAAUCUCCUUCUCAUUUCCUUAAACGUUUUUAUCCCAAUUCUCGAAAUAUGCAUACUUUUGACAAGUAUGGAACAACCAAUUCUAUAGGUAGUGAUUUUUUGAACAAUGCAAAUAGUAGCAAUAAUAGUGUAAAAGAGUUAAAUUGUAACCCUUACAAUAUUGAAAUUAACAUUGACACUGAUAAUUUUGUGGCAGAAAGUGAGAUAGCAUUAAGUAAACAUAUGCAACAUUUGGCUAUCUGA